CGUUCUAAGUUUCAAGCGCCGCCAAAGUCUACUCCACAGACAGAGAGAGAGAGAUAGAUCUACGAGCGCAGCGAAAAGGAAGUGUGAAAAGACAAAAAUGACCGCGGAGUUACAGUUACCUCCUGGCUUCAGAUUCCAUCCAACGGACGACGAGCUUGUGAUGCACUACCUGUGCCGGAAAUGUGCGUCGCAGCCCAUCGCCGUGCCGAUUAUCGCCGAAAUCGAUCUCUACAAAUACGAUCCAUGGGAACUUCCAAGAAUGGCCUUGUACGGAGAGAAGGAGUGGUAUUUCUUUUCGCCGAGGGAUCGGAAGUACCCGAACGGUUCGAGGCCUAACCGGGCGGCGGGGACGGGGUACUGGAAGGCGACCGGAGCCGAUAAGCCGAUCGGGCAUCCGAAGCCGAUGGGGAUCAAGAAGGCUUUGGUGUUCUACGCCGGAAAAGCCCCCAAAGGAGAGAAAACUAACUGGAUCAUGCAUGAGUAUCGGCUGGCCGAUGUGGAUCGCUCGGCUCGAAAAAAGAACAGCUUAAGGCUGGACGAUUGGGUUCUGUGCCGCAUAUACAACAAGAAGGGCACGACGGAGAAGCAACAACAGGGAAUCAACGUGCAGAAAACAAGCUUUUCCGAAAUCGAGGACAAGAAGCCGGAGAAUCUGACAAUUGGCGGAGCCACGUCUGCAAUACUUCCUGCCCCGGCAGCGACGCGGACGGCGGCGGGGGAUGAUUACGUGUACUUCGACACGUCGGAUUCGGUGCCGAGGCUGCACACGGACUCGAGCUGCUCGGAGCACGUGGUAUCGCCGGAGUUCACGUGCGAGGUGCAGAGCGAGCCCAAGUACUGGGAAAAGACCCUGGACUUCCCGUUUAAUUACAUGGAUGCCACCCUGGACAAUGGGUUCGGCGCACAGUUUCAGAGCACUAAUCAGAUGUCGCCGUUGCAGGAUAUGUUCAUGUACAUGCACAAGCCCUUUUAAAUUUCGAUGUGGGUCAGCGUCAAGACAUUUGGGGCCGGCACAUUGCACAUUUGUUGGUGGGUGCAUCGCGCGGUAACACGAGACAGAAAGUCUAUGAGUGUGCCUGUGCGAGAGCGUGGAUAAUUGAGAAUUAGAACGUAGAAAAUAUGAAUUGUGUUGACCAAAAAAAAAAAAAAGGGAAUUAUACUGUGCGGUCCCACCCACAGAGUCGGGACCGGGGGGUGUUGAUUAGGGUGGUGUAACGGUGCGUGAUGGGUUUACAAAACGACAUUGUGUACAUCAUAGUGUAUAGGAAAGUUGUCAUGUUUAUACAUGAUAGUUUUGUGGGUGCUCGUUUUGGGCUUCCCAUAUUCUUAUAUUUGUAGUAGGUUUUAUUAUAAAUGAUGCUGUCAUUGUUAUGUCU